UGCCACCCAGCCUGCGUAGUGCGCGAAGUGCAAGGCGCUUUAGAUGCGCUCGGAUUACACUGUAACGGCGCUCAACAUCAAUCCUGCGCAAUUAUCAUCCGAAGGUCAUACUGAUGAAGCGCUUGUAGGGAAGUCCUCUCAGUAGAUACUUAGCAUCCAGCUCUGCUUUGCGUAAUUCUUAGUUUUCCAUUAAGUGGACUGGAUUCUUUGGGACACGACCACGAAAAAAGAAUAGGCAAAAAUUUUAAAUGAUCUGAGACGAUGGAUUUCUGUUGCAGAAGAAACUCUUCGUGGUCUUUCUUCUAACAAGAUAGUUGACCUGCUUCAACUGUUAAACUAUAUCAACAUCGGACUGACUGGGGACUUUGGCGGUUAAAUUAUACUAAGAUAAACUUGGGGUUUACCAAAAUGAAAUUAAAAAGUACGCACUGGCUUUUGGUACCGUUCAUACUGAUUAGAGCCAGUGAUGCAACGGAAACAAAACCAAAGCCCACAUGGUACACGACUCCAAAACCGGCGCUGAUCCACACAAACGGCAAAGUGCAAGAAAUAAGUGAUGCUCAAUAUAAAUGUUUGCAGCAGAACAGCGACACACCAAUCAACAGGACAGGGACGUUCUGCAAUCAAACUUGGGACGGGUGGUUUUGCUGGAAGGACACGCCGGCAGGAACGUACGCCCAUCACGACUGCCCGAAUGUGCGAGAAAAAGUGACUAAAUAUUGUGAUGAAUCAGGCAGUUGGUUCCAAGAUCCCGUAUUUAACAAAACCUGGGCGAAUUGCGUUGCUCAGUCCAAGGACAUAUUAAAGAGAGUGAUGAUGCACGGCUCACCAGGAAGGAAUGCGGAGCCCACCAUCGAAUCGCUCGUCAGCCCUGUUGUCACGCAAAAGGUCGAGGAAAGGAAAAGGAUCACCGAUGGUCAAUACAAGUGCUUCGAAAAAAUGAACAGGGAUCAGCCCUAUAACAAAUCAGGUAUGUAUUGCAAUCGAACCUGGGAUGGAUGGCUCUGCUGGGACGACACAGCCGCUGGAACAUACACAUCACAGAACUGCCCCAAUUAUUUCCCAGAUUUCGACUCCACCGAAAAAGUAACAAAAUAUUGUGAUGAGACAGGAAACUGGUUUCGACACCCCGAGACUAACAGGACUUGGUCCAAUUACACCCUCUGUGUCUUACACACAAAAGAGAAAUUAAAGAUGGCGUUUAUACUCUACUACAUGGCCAUAGCUGGUCACACCUUAUCCAUUGCAUCACUUCUGGUUUCCCUAGCAAUAUUCUUCUACUUCAGAAGCCUGAGUUGCCAAAGGAUAACACUACACAAGAAUUUAUUUUGCUCCUAUGUCCUGAACUCGGCAUUUACCAUCGUGAACCUUGUCACGGUCGUGGGAAACCCCAAGCUGGUGGAGAGCAAUCCUGUUGGCUGCAAGGUGUUACACUUCUUCCACAUGUACAUGCUGGGGUGUAACUACUUCUGGAUGCUGUGUGAGGGGAUUUACCUGCACACCCUCAUCGUCGUGGCCGUGUUCGCCGAAGAGCAGCACUUACACUGGUAUUACCUCCUAGGCUGGGGUUUCCCUUUGGUGCCUGCAUCCAUCCAUGCUGUUGCGAGGAAAAAGUAUUUUGAUGACAACUGCUGGAUGAGUGUAGAGACCCAUUUGCUCUACAUAAUACAUGGGCCCAUCAUGGCAGCCCUGUUGGUCAACCUGUUCUUUCUCCUGAACAUCGUGAGGGUGCUGGUGACCAAGCUGCGGGACACCCACCGGGCCGAGUCCAACAUGUACAUGAAGGCCGUGAGGGCUACACUGAUCCUGGUGCCAUUAUUGGGGAUUCAGUUCGUCAUCAUACCCUGGAGACCAGAGAACAGGCUUGCUGGCGAGGUGUUUGACUACAUAAUGCACAUACUGAUGCAUUACCAGGGGUUAUUGGUGGCGACGAUAUUUUGCUUUUUCAAUGGGGAAGUGCAGGCCGUGCUGAAAAGGCAGUGGAUGCAGUACAAGGCGCAGUGGGGCCAGCGUCGGCGCGAGCACUGCUCCAUGCGCUCCACCUCCUACACCGCCACCUCCAUCACCGAGAUGCCUGCCUUCGUGUUCCACCACGACUGCACCAGCGAACACUUGAACGGGAGACACUCGGAGGACUCGGAGCUGGUGGCGCUCAAAACUGGGGAGACGUAUGCCUGACAGGGAUGGUCGUGCCUGGGAAGAAGAUGACGACGACGAAGAAGGAACGUGGCUCUGGCGAAGCCCCACAUCGCUAACGAAAAGGCCCAUUUCUCCACCCGAGCUGUUAUGUUAGGUGUCCCCCGCCUGUGACUCCUCGGCCCAGGGGAGAUUAACUUAACGCUUCAUUACAUUGCUGCUGCUUUCCAAAAUAGGGGCUACAUGCUAAGUGUAGCCUAUCUUUAGCUGCUAGUCCCAGACCCUCGUGGGCUGAUCAUGCACCAGUGCUACUGCCAUGCAGAUACCAAAGUGCGUGACGAUCGCUAGACUGGGAAGUCGUUUGUCGGUACUGAGCCAAACACGGAAGGAAUCGCGGCAUGAUGGAUCGCGCUGCUUUCCGUUGAUGAGGAGGUCGCCUUCUCUGGUGCCUAAACUCUCGGGUCUUUGACCUGAUCACUCAGCAUACAUUAAAUGAUAUUCUUUUUAGCGCCAAUUACGUUGCUCUCUAACGAUUGUCGUCUAUUUCACGAAGCCUUUUUGCUGUUUCAUUGUGUCAACGCAGCUGUGGACACAGUUUUCCUGUCACGUAAGGGGCAUGGCAGCAGAAAGAAAGAUUUUGAGGGACGUUUUAGAUUUUAAAAAAAGACUACUGAUUAAAAAAAUACAUAAAAUCCAAAUAAACAAAACAGCAGAAGAAUGAGUUAGCUGUACAUUUAUAUUGAAUAGGCGUUUGUUAUUCGUUUGAGACUACAGUUCAGUUUUUGCAUUUUCUUUGGAAUUUUGUUUUCCGAAAUGUUAUUGUUGUGGUUUAAUGAAUGAAGACAUUUGUGCUUGUAUGUUUUCUUGCAUUUUUUUGGUACGAGUUGUUUUCUUUUGGCUGACACUUAAUUUCUAAAUAAGCUAAGCUGUGAUGUAUAUUCACAUGUUCACCAUUUGUCAUCUGAGAUUUAUUAUUCUUUGUAAAGAUUCCUAAGUAUUUCUGAAACCUAAAGGCAAAAAAGAACAACAUGAUUGAGUUUGAAUGGCUGCAGUGUAUUUUUCCAGUCGAAUGAAUUGUUAAUGUAAUAGUUAUAGCUUAACACCACUUGAAUUAUAGACUAAAAAGUCUACAAAAACUACAGAAGAUUUCAAUGAUAUCUCGAUGAUAUUUGUUGCAUAUGAGCUUCAUGCAAGUAGGCCUUUUAGAUAUAAGUUUGCAGUGGAUUACAGCCUGUUUUGCUUAGAGUAUAGGAACUACAGUUCCAACUAAAGUGUACAGUGUUCAAAAAAAUGGAUGCAUAUUAGUUAUUAUGCAUUAAAAAAUCUUUUUUAUUUUUAAUAAUCCUGAUAUUCAAAUAGUAACCUUUACCAAAUUCCGGAAAAUUUCGGAAACAGGAUAAAUAAUAUAUAACUGCAAUAUAUAAAAUCUUGUUUGGUGGGAUGAUGAAGUUAGAGACUGCAGCUUUCACAUUACAAUGCGUGUGCAGGGACUUCCUUUCAGUUGGCUUUUCUCUUUGUCCCAGUGGAUUUGCAAAGGCCAUAUCUUCCCAAACACGAAGCAGUAAUCCCUUUUUUAAAACAGAAGGGUGAUCACACGGAGGCGUGAGUUUGGAUUAAAUAAAUUUUAGUCCAUUCAUUAUUACAAAGCAAAAACAUUGUCACAAAGACGAAUCUUUAGAUAAAUAAGUAUAAUGUAACUAUAACAUGUAAUACCUUAAAAAUACAAUAAAAUAUCUACAUAGAUCAAUGCUGCCACUGACCUGGCUAAGGGCGGGGUACCAAACUUUUGGUACUAAAAAAGAGGUAUUGCCGUUUUUUCCAUUAAUUUCCAACCCAGUUAUAGUACCAGUCCCAAAGUACCAACGUGGCAGAGGACCUUGUUUAUUACUUUUGGGCGAGACUAGCGAACGUGUUUAUUGUAAGAAUACGCAAAGUAGAUCCAGCCGGAAAACAAUGAUUAACAAAGAAAAAAGAUAAGUAAUGAUAACGGAUGUAUGGACACCCAAGGAGGAGACCCGUGCUUAAACUGUGAUCUGUUUGGAAGAAUGGAUUCACAGGAGAUCUGGAUGGCAUGACAAGAAUAGAAAAUCAUUUGCUAAAAUAGCCAACUGUAUGGAAGAAAUAGGACACAUGCAUAACGCAAAAAAGUGCUGCUUGAAUAUUACAAUAUUCAAGCAGGAUUAUUGUAGGCCAUAGAAAAAUGAAAGACCAUAAUAACAAAAAUGGCACCAGUCACUGAUGAUGUCAUUCUGGGCCAGUACCAGCUGAGACUAACACAAAGAAUACCAUGGACUUCGGUACUGUUUCGAAGUACCAAAAGUUUGAUAGCAGUGGAAGACCGACAUAGUGUCUCAAAGCAGUUACAUCUGAAUGUUAAUGAAGUUAAAGUUUUUUUUUGUCUACUGAUUGUUGACUAAGACACAUUUUCCAUUUUCAUCAACCAACCAACCAAUCAAUCGGUUGCAUUAAUUAACUCUCCCAUUUACUAUGCUCCAGGGGAGGGUUAACUAGUUAAAAUUAGACUGCCAUGUAGACAUUAAUUAUAAGCAGAGUUAUGCCGGAUAAGAGAAUCCCAGUAAAAACACCACUGUUGGCCCAAUGUAUGUGACACUUAGAUGCUUCCAUCAUGUUAUGUUUCUUUUCCAAAUUGACUGACGUGGUUCGAAACACUAGAUGGAAAAAUAACUGAAGGUUCUAUGAGUUAGCGAUUAAAUACCACACGCCCUAAGUGAACGCUUAAUGAAUACAAAACGCCUUAGCACCGUGUCUAUAUAUAUAAGCCUAUAUUUUUAAUCCAUCUGGUAGCUGACAGCAUGUGGAGAGGAAUGAAAGUGAUUCAGAUGGCAGCUUAAUGAACACAAACCCCACCUACAGGCAGACUGCCCGGUACGACCACCUUUGUGGGUCAGACUCUGCUCUGUUGACACUUCUAACAGCAUAACAGUGAUAUUUUUGGUGCUUCUGCUGAAUCUGUUUACCAUUACUAGCUACAGGGGCAAGGCUAAACAAAGGACCCUUGCCCGUCCAGUGUCAUUUCUGGAUGUUCACCGAAAACACAACAUUGUUCUUAAAAUCAAAUUGUUCAUAUUUAAAGAGGACAGAACCUGUCAGUGUUUCACACUUACUCUAAGUGAAAUAUUUAAUUAGAUGUGUGACUAGGGGUAUUCUUACGUAAAAUCCUUGGCUAUUUUACCCAAGAAAAAAUACAGGCAUUCCACAGAAACAUCCAUCCGUCCAUCCAUCCAUCCAUCCAUCCAUCCAUCCAUCCAUCAUCACUUAUUCUGGUUAAGAUUGCAGGAUUCUUUAAAAACAUCCAAACUACAAAUGCCAUGCAUUUCUACUUCUGUGUCUAGUACUCAGAUAAAAUGCCAUUUGAUAUAAUCAUUGCAGUAUUGCAGUAAUAUACCGUAUGAAGCAUUCAUUUACACAGAGAUUCAAAGUCAGUUUUUGGUUCGAUAAUCAUUCACAUGCAAAGGAAACACAAACACACACAUACACAUACACACACACAAAUACCACAUGACCACCUUAACCCCCACCCUGCCCUAACCAUAACCAUAAGUAACCAAGCAAAAUGCAUGAGUUUUUGCAUUUUUAGUUUUUUUCAAAGUAGUUACUGAUUUUUUUUUAUAAAAUUGAGUUUUCUCUUACGGGGAUCAGGAAACCGGUCCCCGUAAGGGAAAAAAAAAACUGAUAUUUAUUACCUGUAGAAGGUCACUUAAUGUCAUCCUCCGAUUCAGGAGAAACUGUAUGAUUAGCUGACGGUCAUCUCUACCACAAGAAAAGAAAUUUGCUUCUGCCCUCUACCUGGCUGGUUUUUGGUCAUUCCCAGUGUCUCCUGUUUCACCUUGUUCUUCUGUACUGCUGCCUUAGAAAACCUGAGCCUGGAAGCAACCUGCCGCUCAGUGCAACCUUCUGCCAGCAGAACCAGGAUCCAGGAUUUAACCAGCAUUUUAAAAUGCAUUUUUUUUUUUAAAUAUGGAAUGGUCUCAUUAUUUUCCAGAGCUGUAUUAGUAAGUGGUGGCUUAAAUAUGGCUAACCCUGUAUUUAACUAACUUAACAGAACUAAGAAAAGAAGUAAUAUUUUCAAAACACUUUGGGGAAUAUAUAUAUAUAUAUAUCUCUCAAAGAAAUCUUUCAUUACAUGUUGCUAUCGAUAUCCGGUAUAAGUUCACUAAUUAGUUUGACUGAAAUGAUGUGGUUGGACAAUUUGACCAGGAUAUCAGUGAUGGGAUCUACAAAAGUGAUCAAACGUCAGAAUAAAGAACCUGGUCUUCAAAUAUUUUUGCAGAUUUGUACAGUUUGUAGCCUGUGGAAAUAUGUUUAGUGCUUUGAAAGUUAUUUUUAAAAUGUAUAUUUUUAUAUAAAUUCUUGUCUUGUGACUAGACCUGUUAUGUUUUAGAUUUCCAGACAAUCAACCAGUACAACGUUAAGUCUCCAUUUCCUUUGUGUUUGCCUCAGCUGCUUAACACAAGUGGUGUUGGCUACAGAAACAGUCCUCAGAUUCCUUCCCAUCCCCCUCUGUACAUUUAUGAAGUUUAUGAAAAGCAUUUUCAAUCGAUAAUAUAUCUGUGAUAGACACUGUGUAGUAUGUCUUGCUUAUACAACUAAUAUUGGAAGCAAACGGGGAUAUGAAAUGUGAUGACUUACUGUUGCUGUCAGCGAUGCGAUAAUGAUCUGUACAGUCUUUACUAACGAACCUACCCGCAAAGCCAGCCAUUAACCGGUACGGAGCCGUCAGCCACAUCUCAUUUUCAAGCAUCUCGCUUUGUGAAAAUUGUUGUUUUUGUUUUUACAGAGGCAAAUGUGGGAAAAAAAUAUUGGAGAAAGUCUGUUUAUCUGCUAAUAAAGACCGAGGAGCUCAA